GCCGUUGAAGGCGGAUUCACGUACGCAGUGCGAGCACUGAAGCAGUUUUGCCGAACGCAACAACAAUCAUCACGGGGGUUGCAUGCCGGUCUUGUUGUCGUCCUAGAGGGCGGUUACUCACCGGAGGCUGUGGCCCAGGGCGUUGUUGCUGUUGCCCACGCGCUUCGAUAUCCGGCCAAUGACGCGGAAGUGAUGCGAUACGCGGCGCGUCAAUUGCCAAAGACGUGGCAGGAGCUUCGCCGCCGUAUGGCACGUCAACAGUACGAAAUGGAAAGGCAACAACAAGAGGUGGAGGGGGAUGAAGGAAAUGCCGAGGCGUCAUAUGAACCAGUGCCAGUUUCUCCCACACAGGGCACUGGGGCGAUCAUCUCGCUGCCGGAGGAUGAUGUCCUCUUAGAGAGACAUGAGAGAUGGUGCGAUCGGCUUAUUUCCCGUGUGUUGGCCAUACACGAGGAGUCGAACAAAAGGCAAUGA